GCCGAGUCACCCGGCUUGUCUGGCUGAGUCACGGUCAAGGAGUCGUCCAUCCUGUAUUCUCCUAUGCUGUCAGCAGCCCCUUUCUCCGUGGAUCCCAGAGGUCAUGCCGGUGACAAGUUGUCAGUAGGGAAAGCAGACACAGCUACUGACUGUGAGCAAGAUACAUCGAUAUUGGAGAAUCCGGCCACAUCUUCGGCUUUUAAGAUCCUUGAAGAAUUGUCUUCCUGUGACCGCCCAGUCGCAUCCGCUCUCCCUGCUCACACUGCUGGAGGUGGUACAAGCAUCGUGUCUGCCGAUGUGUUGGAGAGGGGGUGUUAUGUUCAGCAAUUGCCAGUGGUGGAUCAUGAGGUCAAAAAGACCCCUGUGAGUCAGCAGUACCCAGGGCAAGGAAGACCAGUUGACGUGGCAAGGAGGUGGACAAGUGACAACAGUCUGAGGCAGAAACGGGGAAGGGAACCGUAUGGGAGCUUCAGAGAAAACUCUGAUAACAAAGAGAACAGAAAUAUUGAUGAUGAUGGUGGUGACCGUGAUGCAGUUGGGGAUUUUGUGAUACGGUCUCCAAAACGGGUUUGCUCCCCACUACAGGAGGCAUCCUCAGGCACAUGCCGUCGCAUUAAGGAUGUGGAUCAUGACCCGAUAUCCAGUGCUGGGACUGCUGCAGGUAAGUUUUUCCAAGCCUCAGCCAAUGCAGUUGAGAAGGCAGACAAACUCCCGAAAGUUGUUCGGGGUGGCGAAUGCUCUGUGAAUGAUUCGGGUGUUUCCAUCCAUCCCCUGCAGCCAGAAUGUGGAGAUAACAUAUGGAAAGGGCAGGCACAGAACCUGAAUGCUGGCUCACAUCAAGGCCACAGCAGUGACACCCAACAUGGUGGCCACCUCAUUGGCGAAGAGCAGGGAGGAAGUCCUGUGGGUGACACCAGACAUGUUGGCCAAUGCAUUGGGCAGCAGCAGGGAGGAAGCCUUGCAUAUGGCAUGGCCCUCGCCCAGAGCGAUGGCUCAAAUCAUGGCAAGAGGUGUGUUCAAGAUAUCCCUGCAGGUGUCAAAAGAGUUGAGGCUAGUAGAGCAGAUGGGGAUGGUGGUGUGGACCUUUCUAACAACAUCAAAGGCGGAAUGUAUGAACGUGUGCAAUGUUGGGAACAGCUACAAACUGCACCUCAUGGGAAGAACACUAUUGUGGAAGAUAGCAUUGCUAGACACAUUAGACAUUCUGGCCAAGUGUUCAGCAAAGCAGAGGGUAAAGGAAAGGAGCAAUGCACGCUUGGUGGUAGCAAUGAUCUGGAUGGAUUUGGAACAGACGUGGUAUCAUCGACAAGAGGUGGCAGGAACUCUGCUCGUUAUAGCUAUGGACCAGGGUCACGAGUACUAUGGUGUGAUCCAGAACCUGUCAUGUCAGAGCGGAAGCAAAGACUCCUAACUGGUGGGGAUGAGCAGGGUGGUGGGUUUACCUCAAGGGCGAAUGGGCUAAGAGUUGAUCAGGGGAAGGCUUGCAGCGAGAAGGCUAGAUAUCAAUAUAGGCUGGCUGAAGAGAAAAUCCCAUCGUAUUCUGCAGAACUGAGAGACAAAUCAUCGGAUCUAUGGAGCUGUGACAAGAAUGCUGUCCCUCAGCAUCGCCUCCAACUCAGCGUUCCAGAUAAUGAUGUGGUGCUCAUUCCAUCCAAGGUUAGUGCUUCUAAUAAGCUGGCAUUUGAAAGGGGCGAGACAACUGUUCUCCCUCGUGGUGGGGAUGGAACUUGCAUUUCAGGCAUGUAUGGAACAAGCUGUCUUGGAUCUCAGUCUGGAAAUUGGCAUAAAAUAGUUUCACCUUUGGAGGGCAAGCCGAAAGAUGAAGCGACUCAUUGUGAUUGCCUGGAUGCCAGCAAGGCUAAGCCUGACUCACAGGAUGGACGAGGAGGGAUGGCUUCUAUCAAUCAUAACAGUAAGUUAGCCGCUGAAAGGUCCAGUGAAAAUGAUGGCAGAAAUACGGGGAGGUCUUUCUCGAUGAAUCGAACUGGAUGGAGCUUUCAGACAGCAAGUGGGAAGACUUUAACACCUUCUGUGAAAGGAAUGAAGCGAGCAUUGACCCUCCUUGGUGACCUUGUGUUGGAUGGUGGCACAUCUAUUCAAGGUGCAAGGAUAGAGGAAGAAUCAACACUUAUGGUUCGACCGGUAUCUGGAAAUAUGAACGAGGAUGGUUGUCAAGAGAUCUCUCCCAUGGCAGAGGAGCCCAACUUCUCCAAUGAUGCCUCUAUCGUAGUUCUCACUAAUCAAGCUCAAAGGCCCUCUCUGAUGACAAAGAGGCAUAAAGUAGUGCCCGUUUGCACUGAAGCAAAACAGGGAGAGGAAGCUCUUUCUGCAGAUAAUAAGCUUUCUGCGGAGGCUUAUGCAGAUGGCAGUGUGCACGGAGCUCUUUCUGCAGGCUGUAAUGUAAAUGGCCACUUGAAUGUAGACCAACCCGCGGAAGGAGCGUGUGCUCAGGUGGGCUUUAUAAGAGCUAGCGGGUGCGGCAUGCCUCCUGUAUCCAAAAGCUUAAAACGGAGAGUGGAAGCUCUUUUUGCAGACAAUGAUGUAAAUGGCAAUGUGGAUGAAGGGAAUUUGCAAGAAGUUAAUGCUGCAGAGUUAGGCUUUAUGAUAGGCAGUGGAAGCAAACCAGUGCCCCCAUCUGCAGAAUCAAUGCGGAAAGUGAAAACUCUUUUUGCACAGUGUGAUGUAGAGGAGACUUUGGACAGCAGGGAGCUCCUGCAAGGGGCCAUUCGAGAGCUUGGCUCUAUGGCAGCGAAAGGAGACAUGGUUGCACCUGCUUGUGAAGAAUCCAGGUGUAGAGUGGCAGCCCCUUUUGCAGAUUCCACUGCCGAUCAUGAUGUGUGCAGAAUGCAGUUCCAACGGGAGUGUGCCGAAGAGGUGGGUUUUGUGACACCAGAAGGACACAAAGUUGUUUGCCCAUCUGCAGGAUCAAAGAAGGAAGAGGAAGCUCCUUCGGCAGACUGCAACGUAUAUGGCAUUGGAGGUGAAGGUAAUCCCUUCGACAGAGCUCUUCCCGAGCUGAGUUCUGUGACACCAACUGGGUGUAAAGCCGCACCAACUCGUAAAGAAUCAAGGGGAAGAGUGGAAGUUCGUUUUUCAGAUCAUGAUUUCAAUGGUCAGGCGCAAGAACGACCAUUUGAAGAAGGGAGUGCUGCUGGGAAGGGCCCUGUGACAUCAAGCAGAUGUGAAGUCGUGGCCCAAACAGCAGAAUCAGAGUGCAUCAAUGCUCUUUCUGCAGGCAGGAAGGCUGAUGGCACGUUGUGUGAAGGGAAGCCCCUGGACGGAGCUCUUCCAGAAGUAAGCUUCCUGACACAAAGUGGAUGGAAAAUAGCACCUGGGCAGAGAGUGGAGGCUGCUGCGGAGCACUUCGUUGUGGCAAGUGGACAUGAUGUGCUGCCACCAUGCCCAGUAUCAAAGCAAACGGCGGCAAGUGGGCAGAAAGCCGCACCAGUUUGUCAGCAAGCGGAGCAGAGAGUGGAAGCUCCUUUUGCAGAUUGCAGUGUUCGUGAUUCUUUACGGCGAGGGCAGUCACGAGAAGAAACUGUUGCUGAGGUGGGCUUUAUGACAGCCAGUGGGCACAAAAUAGUUCCCCCAUGUGCAGAAUCAAUGUGGAAAGCAGAAGCUCUUUUUGCAGACCAUAAUGUAGAUAGUGCUGCACAUGAUGGGAAUCGCACGCAGGGAGCUCUCUCGGAGGUAGGGUUUAUGGCAGCAAAUUGGUGCACCGUUGCACCGUUUUGCCACGACCCGGACCAGAGAGCUGGAGUUCUUUUUGCAUAUUGUACCGUGAAGGAUUCUGUAAAAGAAGGGCAAUUGCAGGAAGAGAGUGCGGCUGUGGCAGGCUUUGAUACAUCAGAAGGACGGAAAUUAGCACAUCCAUCUGCACAAUCAAAGCGGAAAGCAGAGGCUCUUUUUACAGACUGUACUACAGAUAGUGUUGUCCGUGAGGAGAAACCCCUACAGGGAGCCCUCUCCGGUGUAGGGACUGUGGCAGCCAUUGGGAGCGAAGUUGCACCGGGUUUCCAGGAAUCACAGCAGAGAGUUGGGGUUCUUUUCGCAGAUCGUACUAUGAAUGGUCGUGUACAAGAAGGGUUGUUUCACAAAGAGAGCACUGCUGCGGCGGUUUUUGUGACUGCAAGUGGGUGCAAAGUAGUACCCCCAUCUGCCGAAUCAAAGCGGAAAGCAGAAUCUGUUUUGGCAGACUAUAAUGUAGAUGGUGCUGUGUGCGAAGGGAAGCCCCUGCAAGGAGCUCUGUCAGAAAUAGGAUUCAUGACAGCAAGUGGCCGCAAAGUUGCACCAGUUUGCCAGGAAUCAAAGCAGAGAGUGGAAGCUUUUUUGGCAGAUUGCUUUGUGAAUGAUGAUGUGCAGAAAAAGAGUGCUGCGGCCGUGGCCUUUGUGACAGCGAGUGGGUGUAAAGUAGCACCUACAUCUGCAGAAUCAAGUGGGAAAACAGAAGCCCUUCUUGCAGACUGUAAUGCGUAUGGUGGUGUACAUGAAGGGAAGCCCGGGGAAACAGCUCUCUCAGAAUUUGGGUUUUUGACAGCAAGUGGACACAAGGUUGCACCGGUUUGUGAGGAAUCAAGGCGGAGAGCAGAAGCUCUUUUGGCGGACUGCAGUAUGAAUGUUCAUGUACAAGAAAGGCAGGUGCAGGAAGGGAGCGCUGCUGUCGUGGGCUUUGUGACUGCAAGUAAUCGCAAAGUAGCACCCCCGUCUGCAGAGUCAGAGCGGAAAGCAGAAGCUCUCUUGGAAGACUACAAUGUAGAUGGGGCUGUUUGCAAAGGGAAGCCCCUGCAAGGAGCUCUAUCAGAAGUAGGGUUCAUGACGGCUAGUGGCCAUAAAGUUGCACCUCUUUGCGAGGAAUCAAAGCGCAGAGCCGAAGCUCUUUUGGCAGAUUACUUUGUGAAUGAUGAUGUGCAGAAAAGGCAAGUGCAGGAAAAGAGUGCUGCUGCCGUGGGCUUUGUGACAGCAAGUGGGUGUGAAGCAGCACCCCCAUCUGCAGAAUCAAGUGGGGAAGCAGAAGCCCUUCUUGCAGACUGUAAUGUAGACGGUGGUGUACAUGAAGGGAAGCCCUGGGAAAGUGCUCUCUCAGAACUGGGGUUUGUGACAGCAAGUGGACGCAAGGUUGCUCCGGUGCAUGAGGAAUCAAGGCGGAGAGCAGAAGCUCUUUUAGCAGACUGCAGUAUGAAUGUUCAUGGACAAGAAAGGCAGUUGCAGGAAGGGAGCGCUGUGGUUGUGGGCUUUGUGACUGCAAGUAAUCGCAAAGUAGCACCCCCAUCUGCAGAGUCAGAGCGGAAAGCUGAAGCUCUUUUGGCAGACUAUAAUGUAGAUGGGCCUGUUUGCAAAGGGAAGCCCCUGCAAGGAGCUCUCUCAGAACUAGGGUUCAUGACAGCAAGUGGGUGCAAAGUCGCACCAGUUUCCCUGGAAUCAAAGCAGAGAGCGGAAGCUCUUUUGGCAGAUUGCUUUGUGAAUGAUGAUGUGCAGAAAAGGCAAGUGCAGGAAAAGAGUGCUGCGGCCGUGGGCUUUGUGACAGCAAGUGGGUGUAAAGUAGCACCUACAUCUGCAGAAUCAAGUGGGAAAACAGAAGCCCUUCUUGCAGACUGUAAUGUGUAUGGUGGUGUACAUGAAGGGAAGCCCGGGGAAACAGCUCUCUCAGAACUUGGGUUUUUGACAGCAAGUGGACACAAGGUUGCACCGGUUUGUGAGGAAUCAAGGCGAAGAGCAGAAGCUCUUUUAGCGGACUGCGGUAUGAAUGUUCAUGUACAAGAAAGGCAGUUGCAGGAAGGAAGCGCUGCUGUCGUGGGUUUUGUGACUGCAAGUAAUCGCAAAGUAGCACCCCCAUCCGCAGAGUCAGAGUGGAAAGCAGAAGCUUUCUUGGAAGACUACAAUGUAGAUGGGGCUGUUUGCAAAGGGAAGCCCUUGCAAGAAGCUCUAUCAGAAGUAGGGUUCAUGACGGCUAGUGGCCACAAAGUUGCACCUCUUUGCGAGGAAUCAAAGCGCAGAGCGGAAUCUCUUUUGGCAGAUUGCGUUGUGAAUGAUGAUGUGCAGAAAAGGCAAGUGCAGGAAAAGAGUGCUGCUGCCGUGGGCUUUGUGACAGCGAGUGGGUGUGAAGCAGCACCCCCAUCUGCAGAAUCAAGUGGGGAAGCAGAAGCCCUUCUUGCAGACUGUARUGCAGACGGUGGUGUACAUGAAGGGAAGCCCUGGGAAAGUGCUCUCUCAGAACUGGGGUUUGUGACAGCAAGUGGACGCAAGGUUGCUCCGGUGCAUGAGGAAUCAAGGCGGAGAGCAGAAGCUCUUUUGGCAGACUGCAGUAUGAAUGUUCAUGUACAAGAAAGGCAGUUGCAGGAAGGGAGCACUGCGGUCGUGGGCUUUGUGACUGCAAGUAAUCGCAAAGUAGCACCCCCAUCUGCAGAGUCAGAGCGGAAAGCAGAGGCUCUUUUGGCAGACUAUAAUGUAGAUAGGCCUGUUUGCAAAGGGAAGCCCCUGCAAGGAGCUCUCUCAGAACUAGGGUGCAAAGUUGCAGCAGUUUCCCAGGAAUCAAAGCAGAGAGCGGAAGCUCUUUUGGAAGAUUGCUUUGUGAAUGAUCAUUUACAAGAAAGGCAGUUGCAGGAAAAGAGUGCUGCGGUCAUGGGCUUUGUGACAGCGAGUGGCUUCAAAGUAGCAUACCCAUCUGCAGAAUCAAGGGGGAAAGCAGCCGCCCUCCUGGCAGACUGUAAUGUAGAUGGUGCUGUACAUAAAGGGAAGCCCGGGGAAACAGCUCUAUCAGAAGUAGGGUUUGUGACAGCAAGUGGGCGCAAAGUUGCAGCGGUUUGUGAGGAGUCGAGGCUGAGAGCAGAAGCUCUUUUGGCAGAUUGCAGUAGGAAUGUUCAUGUACAAGAAAGGCAGUUGCAGGAAGAGAGCGCUGUUGUCAUGGGCUUUGUGACAGGAAGUGGACCGAAAGUAGCCCUCCCAUCUGCAGAAUCAAAGUGGAAAACAGAAGCCCUUCUUGCAGACUGUCAUGUAGAUAGUGCUGUUCGUGAAGGGAAGCCCCUGCAAGGAGUUCGCACAGAGGUAGGGUUCAUGACAGCAAGUGGGCGCAAAGUAGCACCAGUUUGCCAGGAAUCAAAGCGGAGAGCGGAAGCUCUUUUGGCAGAUUGCACUGUGAACUGUCAUGUACAAGAAAGGCAGUUGCAGGAAAAGAGUGCCGCUGCUGUGGGCUUUGUGACAGCAAGUGCGUGCAAAGUAGCACCCCCAUCUGCAGAAUCAAGGGGGAAAGCAGAAGCUCUUCUCGCAGAGUGUAAUGUCGAUGGUUCUGUACAUGAAUGCAAGCCUUGGGAAAGAGCUCUCUCAGAAGUAGGGUUUGUGACAGCGAGUGGGCGCAAAGUUGCACCAGUUCAUGAGGAUUCAAGGCGGAGAGCAGAAGCUCUUUUCAAAGAUUGUACUAUGGCUGAUAUUUUACAGCAAGCCCAGGUGCAGGAAGACAACGCUUCUCUGGUGGGCUUUGUGACCGCGGGUGGGCGCAAAAUAGCACCUGUAUCCGCAGACUCAAAGCGGAGAGCAGAAGCUCUUCUUGCAGACUGUAAUGUAGAUGGUGCUGUUCGUGAAGGGAAGCCCUUGCAACGAGCUCUCUUGGAAGAAGGGUUCGCCACAGGUAUUGGGCGCAAAGUUGUACCAUUCGUCCGGGAAUCACAGCAGAGAGUGGAAGCUCUUUUUGCAGAUCGUACAGGAGAUGAUCAUGUACAACAAGGACGAUUGCUCGAGGGAAGCAUUGCCGUGGUGGGCUUCGUGACAGAGAGUGGCCACAAAGUAGCAGCCCCAUCUGCAGAAUCAGAGCAACAAGGGCACUUGCAAAACGAGAGCUCAGUUGAGGCUGGAUUCGUGACAGCAAGCGGACGCAAAGUAGUGGCCCCAUCUGCAGAAUCACGGCGGAAAGUUGAAGCUCUUUUUGCAGAUUGUAGUAUAUACGGCAAGGUAGGUGAGGAGAAGCCCUGUGAAGGUUCUGAAGUAGGGUUUAUGACAGCAAGAGGGUGUAAAGUAGCACCGGCUUGUGAAAAAUCAAACCGGAGGGCGGGAACUCUUUUUGUGGAUUGCAAUUUGAACGAUCAUGUACGAGAAGGGCAUUUGCAAGAAGAGAGCUCAGUUGAGGUGGGAUUUGUGACAGCAAGUGGAAGCAAAGUAGUGGCACCAUCUGCAGAAUCGAAGCGUAAAGUAGAAGCUCUUUUUGCGGAUUGUGAUGUACAUGGAACUGUAGGUGAAGGGAAGCCCCGUGAUGGAGCUGUUCCAGAACUAGGGUUUAUGACAGCAAGUGGGCGCAAAGUAGCACCGGCUUGUCAAGAAUCAAAGCAGAGAGCAGAAGCUCUUUUGGAAGAUUGUGAGUGUGUACAGCAUGGGGAGAUGCAGGCUGUGUGCUCUGCUGACUUGGGAUUUGUAACAGCAAGUGGACGCAAAGUAGUGCCACCAUCUACUGAAUCGAAACGGAAAGCAGAAGCUCUUUUUGUAGAUUCUCAUGUAAAUGGCACUGUAGGUGAAGGGCAGCCCUGCAAAGGAGCUGUUUUGGAUGUAGGGUUUAUGACAGCCAGUGGGCGCAAAGUAGCACCGGCUUGUCAGGAAUCAAAGCAGAGAGUGGAAGCUCAUUUUGCAGUUUGCACUGUAAAUGAGCAUGUACAGCAUGGGCAAUUGCAGGUGAAGAGCUCUCCUGACAUGGGAUUUGUAACAGGAGGUGGGUCCAUAGUCGUUCCACUGUCUAAUGAAUCGGAGCGGAAGGCAGAAGCUCUUUUUCCAGAGUGCGAUGUAGAUAAUGUACAUAAUAUUCUACUUAAAAGGGCGUCCCUCGAAGGAGCUGAUUCAGAAGUAGGGCUUGUGACAUCACAUGGGUGCAACGUAAUGCCAAUGUCUGCGGAUUCGAGGAGGAAAGGGGAAGCUCUUUUUGCAGAUUGUAAUAAUGCCAAUCAUAGGGUAUGUGAAGGGCAGAGGAGAGAAGAGAGCACAGCUGAGGUAGGCUUCAUGACGGGAAGUGGCCGAAAGCUAGUUGCCACUGAGGAGUCCAAACGGAAAGCACAAGCUCUUUUUGCAGACUGCUAUAUGGAUGGUAACAUGGGUGGGGAUGACAAGAGCAUAAGACGGCGAGUUGAUCGAGAGACUGUCAACAAUGCGUUGAUUGAGGCUCCUUCUGAAGGUCAGGACGCAGAAGCAGUUUGUGACGGUGGGUGCAUGCGCGGUUCGUCAGCAGAUGUACUGCCCAAAACUGGCGCAUUGACGAAGCUGUAUUCGAUGGAGAGAGAGACAGUAACAAAUAUUGAUGCGCACGUGGACUCUCGUGAUCCUGGACAAGAGGACAGGAAGUUAACUGUUGCAGAUUCUAGUAAUGGAAUACAGUUGUUAUUGAGAACACCGGCUCCUGUCAUCAGAGCUGCUGUUUCUCCAAUUGAUGGUACAGCAGAUGCUACUCCUCAAUCAAGAGUAACCUUGAAUACUACGAACUCAGGACUUGGGAAGCAAUCAGACUGGCGAUCUGUGGCUAGUGUUGGCCGUGAUAGCAAUGCAAGUGGCGGCACAGAAGGAAAUGUGAGUGGAGGGCUUUCGGGAACAAAUGUUAGUGGCAAAUCAUCCGGAAGAAAUUCAGCACCAUUUAAGAGGCCUAGGCGGUUGAGGUAAGCAUGAGAAGCUAUAUAUGUGUUGAAAUCCCCUUGCGAAACUCGUGGGAAUGUGAAAAGCGGGUGAGAAAAGUAGUUAAAUUUAAGCUUUUCUUUUUUCAUAUUUUAUUUUGUGAUCUCUGUGAUCACUGGGAUGUCAAUUUCAUCAGAUUGACACCAUACUUGCCAUCCGCCUGACCAGUGCACCAAGAACUGGUCUGGCAAAGAAAAAAGGAGUAAGAAGAGUGAAAAAUGAAGAACACUACAACCU